AUGGAGGGUUUGAAUGAUGCUCCAAUUAAUGAUGAAAUAUUACCAAAUAACGAAGGGGAAGGGUCAGAAACGAUUGAUGAGACUCAAGAAGAAGAAUCUGAGAAGGGUAUUGAAGAAAUUUGUGAGCUGGAAGAAGAAGAAAAAAUUUAUGGAGGGUGUGAAGGUCCUGAUGCAAUGUAUGUAAAAUUAAUAUCAUCUGAUGGCCAUGAAUUUAUUGUGAAGAGAAAGCAUGCAAUCACUUCAGGUACUAUUAAAGCUAUGCUUUCUGGCCCUGGACAAUUUGCUGAAAAUGAAACUAAUGAAGUUAAUUUUAGAGAAAUACCAUCUCAUGUAUUACAAAAGGUCUGCAUGUACUUUGCAUAUAAAGUCAGAUAUACCAAUAGUUCGACAGAAAUACCUGAAUUUCCAAUAGCACCUGAAAUAGCUUUAGAACUACUUAUGGCUGCUAACUUUUUAGAUUGCUAA